AUGCUUUUGAGCGCGGUGAUUGGGCGGCUGUGCGGCCUCGCCAAAGGACUCGCGAGGGCGUACCUUCAUGGUGAGACUGUGGAUCUGGGCCAUGAGAUGCUGCUGGCCGACUCCAUCUCGGGCGCCGCAGAGGUCUUCAUCGGUGCGGCCUCCGCCGAUGGCAGUGCAUUGUUGAUGGACUUUGUCGUUGUGGUUGGUGCGCUAAUCAUCGUCGUCGCCCUGUCCAGCUGCCUUGUGCGCUUCUUCUGCCUGUGCAUCGGCACUGCGAUGAAAGCCGGAAACAUUGAGAAAAUUCGUGCACGCCAGAAGAACCACCAGAUCCAGUCAGAGCAGGAGCGGGCAGAGCACAAGCGGCGGAAGAAGAAAGACGAGGAGAAGGCUUUCGUGCCGGCCGAGCGGAAUCUGCCGCAGGUUUCGGAGGUGCUGUCGAAGUUUCACCAGGAGCAGGAGAGUGGAGCGGCCAAGAGCGGUGGCAAGGGCAAACAGGGAGCCGCGGGGAGGUCGAAAGAGUCGGCUAUCGCAGCACCACGGCAGCAGCAGCUGCUUCAGCAGCCGGAGGCGGAGUUCACCACCACGUCGCGCCGCACGCCGCAGGACACGCGCGCUGCACCCAAGUCCAUCCUCCGUGGGUUUCCGGAGGUGGAUUUCCUGCUCACCUCUCCCGGGCAGAGCUACCUACUGAUCGGGUGUCGCAGCAAGCGCAAGGCGUCCCUUUACCCGCAGAGCGACGCCGCCGCGUUCAUGGAACGAGGCAAGGAGCUGCAGGAGAGGCACUUCACGGAUGUGAACGCGGUGGUAACCACGUCGGUAGGACUUGAGAAAAAGGCGGAGAUCUACUCCGCACAGUUCUCCAUGGACGACACGCGCCUAAUCGCAGGCGAGCGCUUCACAGACACAUUUGUCUGCUUUUCGGUGUCGGGUCGCACCAACGUGAGCCUGACUCAGCUGUGGUCGAUGAAGCUGCCGGACCACCGCCUCGUCUCCUCGGUGCCGCGGUGGAGCGUGCUCGGGCAGGACAGCCUUUUGAGCAUCGUGGAUCAGACGACAGAAGUGGAGGUUAUCGCUCGGGGCGCGGCGGGGACGUCGACGACGCACAAGGACAAGUUCAAGGUGGGCAGCGCGCUCGCGUGGGCGGUGUGCGACGAUCGCAUCGCGCUCGGCGGCUCCUUUUUGCGUGAGCCGCGGCUCUCACGUGUGGUGCAGCGUGCUGGAGGCGGCGGUAUCAUCCUCGAGCCAGUGGCGGUGUUCCCCAACGCGGAAAAGCUGCGUGUUUCCGCGUUGGCUUUCGUGACCCCCGGCGCCCCCGCGUUCAACACGCGCAGCUACAUGAUUGUGUUUCUGGAGAACGGCAUCGGCACCAUCUACGAUGUGCAGACUCUCUCAACGCAGAACACGCCGCAGGCGGUGAGUGUUUUUGCCGACACGGACUACGCCAGGCACCGCGUCGAUGCGCCACUGGGCAUUCUCACGACUGUGCGCGGGCAAGCGUAUCAUGAGGUGCUGCGCAUCGCGCUGCUCCGCGGCCCAAACGUGACGGUGUAUGAGCAGUCUGGCAAGGCAGACGGCGGCAACUUCCAGAUGGUGCGCGUCGCGGACCUGUACGACGUGCAGGAAGGUGACGCCGUGAAGCACGCCGUGUUUCUGCAGAACGGUCUUGGCCUGGCCACUAGUGGACACGCGGACGGACGCCAUGUUCGCAUGUUCACUCUACCGUCUCCGGGCAAGACGGCCUAA